AUGUCAUUAAGCGUUAAGUUUCUUCUGCAGCGCCACCCUAAAAAGGCCAUUGAACAGAGAGUCGGGGCUCUUCUUCAGAACAUCAAUCUCUCAAACUUGCUUCAACUUCACGCCCUUUUCAUCAAAACUUGUUUCUUUUGCCAUAACAACUUCCUCAAGUCCAAGUUCUUAAAUGCAGUCAUUUCCCUUUCUUUGCCCCACGAUGCUGAUUUAUAUUAUGCUCGUUCCAUAUUCGAUUCUUUUUCCCUUCCCGACACAUUCAUUUGGAACACCAUGAUGCGUGCUUACUUGAAUGCUCAAAAGCCUGCAGAAUCUCUCGCCCUUUACUUCCAAAUGCGCUUCCACGACGACCUUUCGCUUGAUAGUUUCAGCCUCUCGCUGGUUCUUCAAGCAUGUGGGAGGCUUAUGGAUUGUGAUAAUGGCGUAAUGAUUCAUUCCCAUGGGGUGAAACUUGGGUUUUGUCAUGAUUUGUAUGUCCAAACUGCGCUUAUUGAAAUGUAUGCUAAAUGUGGUUUCACAGAGUGUGCAGCUAAGAUAUUGGAUUUUAUGGAAGAACCAGAUUUAGUUUCUUAUAAUGUUCUUUUGUCAGAGUAUGUUAAACUUGGGGAGAUUCAAAAAGCACAUGAACUGUUCGACAGAAUGCCCCGAAGAGAUUUGGUUUCAUGGAACACCAUUAUUCAUGGGUGUGCCUCACUUGGAGAUGCUUGGGCAUCUGAAAAACUGUUUGACAUUGCAUCUAGCGAACAAAGACAGCAAUCUAACCAGGCUUUGAAGCUUUUUCAUGAUAUGCAACUUGCUAAUGUGGCGCCGGAUAAGAUCACCCUAAUCAGUGUGUUGAAUGCGUGCGGAAAUGUUGGUGCCUUAGGAAUGGGCAAGAUGAUUCACGAGUACAUUGAGAGAAACCGAAUUGGAAUAGACAUGAAACUGGGGACCUCUCUUUUAGACAUGUAUGCAAAAUGUGGGGACAUAGAUAGUUCAGUGAGAAUAUUUGAGGGAUUGAAAGAAAAGGAUAUCUUUACUUGGAGUGUCAUGAUCAUGGGUUUUUCAAAUCAUGGGCUUGGCCAUCUUGCUUUAGAAUAUUUCACCAAGAUGCUUGCUGAAGAGAUUGAACCAAAUGAUGUUACCUUCAUUGGUGUAUUAAGUGCAUGUAGUCAUAUUGGCUUGGUUGAGACAGGAUGGAUGUACUUCAAAUCAAUGACUAGUGUUUACAGAAUUGAUCCUAAGAUUGAACACUAUGGUUGUAUGGUUGACAUUUUAGGCCGGGCUGGGCGACUUCAAGAGGCGAUGGAAAUCAUUAAGACUAUGCCUUUGUCACCAGAUGCCAUAGUUUGGAGGGCAUUUCUUGGAGCCUGUAAAAUCCACAAGAACGUUGAAUUAGCAGAGGAAGCCACAGCAAAUCUUCUGGAAUUAGAGCCUCAUGUAGAUGGGAAUUAUGUCCUUUUGUCAAAUAUAUAUUCUCAAGCAAUGAAAUGGGACAAGGUAACGAAUCUGAGAAAGAUGAUGAAAAAUGCAAAUGUACAGAAAAUCCCAGGAACUAGCUCAAUUGAAGUUGAUAAUGCAGUACAUGAAUUUGUCUCUGGAGAUAAAUCACAUCCCAAAUCCUUCCAGAUUUAUGAAAUGUUAGACGAAAUUCUUCAUAGACUUCAAUCUGCUGGAUAUGAGCCUCUAACAGCAUCGAGCACACAAUAUCUUGAGGAACAAGAGAAACAGAAUUUAUUAGCUAGUCAUAGUGAGAAGUUAGCAAUCGCUUUUGGGAUUCUUACAACGGCUCCUGGAACAACCAUUCGAAUUUUUAAGAACCUGCGAGUGUGUGAGGAUUGUCAUUUUACCAUUAAGUUUAUUGCAAAAGUGUAUCAAAGGAAAAUCAUUGUAAGGGAUAGAAAUCGUUUCCAUGAUUUUGAAGAGGGUUCUUGCUCUUGUAAGGACUUUUGGUAA